AAUGCCACUUUCUUGAUGGACUUAUUAAGUUGUUGACCCAAAGAAGCAGCCUAACCAUAUCUUUGUCCAGGCUGCAGUAACUCAUUUUUCUGCAUUAUAUAAACACAUUUUGUCUGAAUUGAACCAUAGACUCAUAAAAAGCAUAAUAAAUGGCUAAAGCCAGUCUUUUUAUUCUAAAACUUCUUCUUAUCUUGGUAUCUACAGCUUGGGUUUCUCUCUGGAUUCUCAAGCCAACAGAAGUAUGGACAAGAACUUGGAAAGCAGCAGAAGAAAAAGCAUCAGCUUCUGUUUUUGGCUAUAAUGGCCUUUGUUUCGCUGUCUACUCGUUUCCUGUCGUUGUUUUCGCCAUAUUUGGUUUCGUUUACUUGGAACAGAAGAAGCAGAAGGAGGAAGGAAAAUCCAGGCAAGAAAGGAGAUGUUUAGCCUUUCUCAGCAAUCCUUUGAUUGUGAAGAGUUCUCUAGGGAUCUUAUCUGGGAUUGAAAUCCUUGGUGUGUCUCUGUUCAUCAUCUUUCUGGCAUGGACUUUCUACACUCGCAUUGCUAAUGAUUUCAGGAAAACUGUCCAAAUCAAAGAUUUCAAGCUGGCAGUAUGGCAAUACAGAAUGUUGAGAGUGGCUACACGGUUUGGUUUACUGACAGAGGCCUGCUUAGCCCUUCUCCUUCUUCCUGUCUUGAGGAGGAUGGCUGUGUUCCGAUUGCUGGGCCUCCAGUUUGAAGUUUCAGUCAGAUACCACACCUGGCUUGGCACUGCAAUGAUAUUCUUUGCCACGUUGCACGGUGCAGGCACUUUCUUCAUAUGGGGCAUCAAACAUCGCAUUCAUGAAGAGAUGUGGAGGUGGCAAAAGGUGGGGAGAAUAUACGUUGCUGGGGAGAUCACACUGAUUACAGGUUUAAUCAUUUGGGUCACAUCACUUCCACAGAUAAGAAGGAAAUGCUUUGAGGUUUUCUAUUACACCCACCAUUUGUACAUAGUUUUCUUGGUGUUUUUCCUGUUCCAUGGAGGAGACAGACACUUUUACAUGGUUUUUCCUGGGAUUUUCCUCUUCGCCAUAGACAAGCUCCUCCGGAUCAUUGAGUCAAGACCACACACUCGCAUUCUUUCUGCUCGAAUCUUCCCUUCCAAGGCCAUAGAGCUCAUUCUACCAAAAGAUCCAAGACUGAAAUAUACACCUACAAGUGUAAUAUUUGUGAAGAUCCCAAGCAUUUCUGAGUUUCAGUGGCACCCCUUUAGCCUGACUUCUAGCUCCAGUGUUGAUGAUCACACAAUGUCAAUUAUGAUCAAAUGUGAAGGAUGGUGGGGAAGCUCUCUCUAUAACCUCAUCAGUUCUGCAGCCACAGAUUCAGAAGCUGAUCAACUCCUGCCCAUCCCAAUUGCAGUAGAAGGCCCAUACGGGCCUGCAACGCUAGAGUUUCUGAGAUACAAUAGCCUAGUUCUAGUUGCAGGAGGAAUUGGGAUUACUCCAAUUUUAAGCAUACUACAAGAAAUUGGCUCUGGUAACAGAAAUGUGUUCCCUGGAAGAGUACAGAUUAUCUUUGCAACUAAAAGAUCCCAAGAUGUUUGUAUGUUAAACCCGGUUCUGUCUCGACUACUCGACUCUAAGCUGAAAAUCCAUUUGAAACUAAAAGUUUAUGUGACCCAAGAAAAGCAGACUAAUCAAACCUUGCUGGAAAUGCUUGAUCAUGAUGAGGUAUCUGUAACACAACUGAGAAACUUUGAGUCCAAGUUCUCAGGCUACUUGCCAUAUGGACCUGAGAAUUUGUACUGGAUGGCAGCCAUUGCUGCAUCUGCAUCCAUUCUUUUUAUGCUAUUCCUUGCUUCCUUCAACCAUGUUUUUCUUCAUACUGGUAAUAAUAAGAAGUCAUCAUCAAAGGACAAAACUCCCUCUUCAGUAGUUGAUCUCUUCCUUUUGUGCUCUUUCGCUAUGGCUUUGGUCUGUGUUGCUCUAAUAGCUGCUGUCAGGAGAUGGAAAUGCCUCAGAAAGGAAAUGCUACCAUUUGCAGACAAAGAAAGUAUAGCGUUGAAACCGCGGUUAACAGAAACGAACCUAAGCCAUGAUCAGGAACUUGAAGUCCAUUUUGGAGCAAGGCCAAACUUCCAAGAUAUCUUUGCAGAGUUUACAAAAGAAUCCAGGGGUUCAUAUACAGGAGUGUUUAUCUGUGGACCUGAGUCAAUGAAAGAGUCUGUGGCUUUAGCCUGCCAGCUGAGCUCUAAAGCUUGUAGACCACAGUUCAGCUUCCAUUCCCUAAACUUUUCACUGUAAUCCAAACAAUGAUGUUUGUGUUAUACUGAUAAAGCUAGAACUGAUCAGUGUUCAUCGAUAUAUCCCACUAAGCUAGUACUAAUGUACUAUUAUCUUCCUUUUUAUCUCCUCCUGGCAUCUUGUUUAUUGUUAGGCAAAGUCGUUCUUGAUUUGUGGUCAUCAUCCCACUUUCAUAUGAUAAGAUUAUACUAUUUUCAACUAAUCAAA